GCACACACAUACACAGCAGAGCACAGCAGCAACAGCAGCAGCCGAAGUAGCAUGUCAGCGUCUGAGUCCAAGACUGAGAUCUUUGACAUGUCCAGCAACCCUGCGGCUCUGGAUCAUGGUGGCAAGGGCCCGAGUGGCGGCGUGGUGGGGGUGUUUGAGCACUACGUGCAGCCCUGCCUGGCUGAGCUGCUGGGAUCCAGCCUCUUCAUCUUUGCCGGGUGCGCCUCCGUGAUGGGCAACGUGGGGGUCAGUGGCAGCGUGCAGCCUGCCCUGGCCCACGGCCUGGCUCUGGGCAUCGCCAUCGCCAUCUUUGGAGAGAUCAGUGGUGGGCACUUCAACCCAGCUGUGUCUGUAAGCGUAUAUCUGGUGGGUGGCUUGGAGGUGAUCCUGCUGGCUCCAUACAUCGUGGCCCAGAUAUGUGGAGGGAUGAUUGGAGCUGGCCUGGCUAAGUUAAUCUUCGCCGAGGAAACCUUCAACGCGGCCUCCGGAGCUGCAUUUAACGCCGUCGUCAACUCCGGAAGUGUCGGGCGCGCAACGGUUGCAGAGAUGAUCAUGACCUUCAUCUUGACCCUUGUGGUCUGCAUGGGCGCAAUCAACGACAAGACCAAGGUUCCAUUCGUCCCUUUCUGCAUCGGGCUGACGGUGACUGCCAACAUCCUCGCCGGGGGAUCUGUCUCCGGAGCCUGCAUGAAUCCUGCUCGAGCUUUUGGUCCUGCUGUUGCAGCGAACUAUUGGACCUACCACUGGAUUUACUGGGUCGGCCCUCUGACUGGUGCUCUUUUGACGGUUACAUUUGUAAGGUUGCUGAUGGGGGAUCAGAAGAGACGCGUUAUUUUGAAAUAACUCGGAUGGACGUUGAAAAAAACCUUUACAACAACAUUGUAUAAUAAAAAAACAAAACUCGUUUUUAUAUUUCAGUUUUAUACGAAAUGUAGGCCUAUAGACACAUUUAGAAACCACUGAUUUAAAUGUUUAUUUGUACAUGUUUUUCCCCAUUUUUGUGAACAGGUUACUGACAUGAAAUAUAUGAAGUAAUAAUUGAAAUAAUCAGCGUUCAGUGCGUCUGGAAAUUCUUGUGUCUGGUA